GUUGGACAUAAAAAAAUGGUUUUGGGCGGGGAUCAGCUAAGGGAACGGGUCAAGGCUGGAAGCCACCGAGAAAGAGAGAGUUGAAAAAUGGGGAGGGAGGUAUCUGAGAGCUGUGUAGAGAGUUUGCUGACGGAGAUUGUUUCUUCCUACUGCAAUGGUUUCUAUGCCGAUAAACCGGAGCUCGCCGCCCGACGGAUCGAAGCCAUUGGGUUUCAAGUAGGUCACCAACUUUCUGAAAGAUACACGAUGGAACGACCUCGGUUCAGUGACCAUUUGGAAGCUAUCAAGUUCAUCUGCAAGGACUUCUGGUCUGAGCUCUUUAAGAAACAGAUAGACAACCUAAAGACAAACCAUAGGGGUACCUUUGUGUUGCAAGACAAUAGGUUUCGUUGGCUGUCUCGGAUGCCUAUGGAUCCAUCACUUGAAACCUCUGGAUCUAUUCAAGAUCCAUCUGCCAUGGCUGAGAACAAAACUGCACAAGCAAUAGGAAUGCACCUUUAUUUUCCUUGUGGAAUCAUCAGGGGAGCACUUUCAAACCUUGGAAUUCCAUGUGCAGUAUCUGCUGAUAUAUCUAACCUGCCUGCGUGCUCAUUUGUGGUUCGUAUAAAGGCUUGAUGAGCUCUGGUGAUAAUUAAGCGGUGGUUGGGCUUCAGAUUGCCAUCACUUUUUUCAUCAUAUAAAUUUCUAUUUUCUAUCCUUAGUUCUGGUCAACUACAGAUCUCCAACUGAACUAUUGUAUUAGCCAUCAAUCUAUUUAUGAUAACGCGCGCACCAUCUUCAGGGGUUGUUAUAAUUGCUUUGGAUUUUGUAAUUCAUUUUGUUCUGGCUGGUACUGCUUCAUGACCAAAUUUUCCAAAGAAUGUGAAUGUCCGAAAUGCAGCAUGCAGGUAACCGGGUGAAUACUUGGUCUGUAUUUGGAGAAGCUAAGGGCCAAAUUGGAAAUUAAAAUUAGGUAGGAGACUUCUAAUCCCUAAACCCCAACAAUCUCCCCCCCCCCACCCACCCCCCAAAGAGAAAUGAAUUAGCAGCAGACUGAAGCUCCUGGCUUGCUAAAGAUGUGAAGAUAUCACAAACCCGUGAACCUGUGACCCCCCCCCCCCCCCACCUCAAGUUCUUUUAUUUGUUGCUUGCCUAUUUCAAUUGUUCCUUUGAUGUGUUAUUUGCAUUAAAGGUGCAAAUUCAGAGGUCCGAAUGUCCUGCAAGUUUGGGCUCUCUUGCUUUCUUACCCUUUCCUUUUGAUUGAUUUCGUUUCAUUUGUGCAUUCUUUUUUGUAUAGGAGAGAGGAAUUAUGGAUGUAUUCAUUUAUAUACGUGGUAUUCAAUUAUACUAGAUUCUCACCUGUGUAAUGCACGGAAUAAAAUGUAGUAAAAAUAUAUGAGUAUUUGUAUACAUUAAUAGCAACAUCAAAGUAUUGAUACA